AUCUUAUUCCCUCUCCCAUCCCUUUUCAUAUACUCCUCUCCCAAAGUCCGAAUCUCUCCCCCAGUCGCAAACCCGUCUCUCUCAAUCCACCGUCUGACCGUCGCCGGAAUAUUCUUUACGGUUUUCCGGUUAACUUCUCUUUACGUCUCCCUCACUAUCUACUUAGUUUAUUUGGCCCAGAGCUUCGAUUUUUUCUCAGGGUUUGUUGAAGAUCUGAGGAUUGGGUUUGAAUUUUCGCCUGAAAUUCUCGCCGUGGACGGAGAUGUCCGCGUCUUCGACGUAUUGGUGCUACCGAUGUGAUAGGUUUGUCAGAUUUUGGGGCCCGGAUUCGGUGAAUUGCCCGGAUUGCGACAGUGGGUUCAUCGAGGAAAUCGACGCUCCGACCAGAUCCUUGCUCCCGGAAUCGCGCCGGAGUCGUUUUCCGACGCCGGCCUCGGAUUUAAACGUCGGGUCGGGUUCCGGUUCCAGCCCGCGCGUUCGAAGGAGCAGGAGGAACGGGGGCGACCGCUCGCUGUUCAACCCUAUUAUAGUGCUCCGCGGGUCGGGCGACGGCGGUGACGGUGGCGUAGUUGACGGCGGUGGCGGUGGAGGAUUCGAGUUGUUCUACGAUGAUGGGGCGGGGUCAGGUUUGCGGCCGUUACCGGCCAGCAUAUCGGAUUUCCUUCUCGGGUCGGGUUUCGACAGGCUUCUGGAUCAGUUGACCCAUAUGGACCCUAAUGGUCUGGGCAGAGGCGACGACCCGCCGGCUUCGAAAUCGGCGAUCGAGUCGCUCCCGACGAUCGAGAUCGUCCGAUCCCACGUUUCCGCAGAGCCCCAUUGCGCCGUCUGCAAGGAAGCCUUCGAGCUCGGGAACGAAGCUCGCGAAAUGCCCUGCAAGCAUCUCUACCACUCCGAUUGCAUUCUUCCCUGGCUCUCCCUGCGCAAUUCCUGCCCCGUCUGCCGCCACCGGCUGCCGGCGGACACCCAAAGAACCUCCGGCGACCCAAACCCACGCACAGGGGCUGACGACGACACUGUGGGAUUGACAAUAUGGAGACUGCCCGGAGGUGGGUUCGCCGUGGGGAGGUUUUCCGGCGGGGAGAGAGAGCUUCCCGUCGUCUACACAGAAAUGGACGGCGGGUUCAACAACAAUGGAGCUCCGAGGCGGAUUUCAUGGGGGAGCAGUGGAACGGUGUCUAGACAAAGUGGUGGGUUUAUUAGGAGAGUUUUCUUCAAUGUCUUCUCGUGCUUGGGUGGGUCGAGCUCUAGAUCAAGUUCAAGAAUCAUUCGCAGUAGUUUGGUGCCAUCCUUUUUCAGCUCUGCUUCAAGAAGACGAAGGAGAUUGGGUUUGUGACUCCAUUAAUGGGGAGCUCAAGAGAUGGCACUGUAAAUAACUGGUUUCAGAGCAAUUUUGACUCAAUGGUAAAAACAUCAAAACUAGCAAAGUCACUAUGAAAGUGUGGAUUAAGAUAGUCAUUGAUUGAUUGGUUACAUUGUAAGAUGGUGUUUUGGGAACAAAUUUUGAACUUCUAU